AAACGUCACCCCAAAGAGAAGGGAGGUAUUGCAGGAAUAUACUAUUCCCUGAAGGAGGAACUGAGGACACAUUUGUGGGGAGAUACAGUUAAGAAACUCCACGAAUUAAUGCUUCUAAAUCUCUACUUGUUUUGAUUUCAAACCUCCAACACAGUAGUCCACGGUGAAGUUUUUUAUGCGCAUUUGAAUGUCAGUGUCCAAAUCAUAUUAAUCGGGACAGUUUACGCGCAGAGAAUGAGGCCUAAUGCAUGGUAAACAACGGAGGGUGACUUUCUAAAGCACUUUGUUUACUUUAGUGCCAUAGUUUGGAUGUGGAGCAUACGCGGUGUCUCUGGGUGUUUUGUGGCUGUGACUGUAUCUUAUGGAACCGAUGGAGUGGCUGGGGGAUAAUGAGCUCCUGCAGUUUUUCCGGCGAAGUAAAACGGCAAUGUCCAUCAUGGAGAACCCGCAAACCUUUCUGCGACAGCUGCGGGACCACGACUUGCUGCUGGAUGAUGACACAUACCAGAAAGUGAAUCGCAUGCAGAGUAUUAAAAAAAUAAGGAAAGGUCUCUAUGAGAUUCUGGACCGGUUGGAGAGGAAGCAACCACAGCACAUCAGAGUGUUCUGGACCUGUGUCUUCAAGGACUCCAUCUUGAACGAGUACCCCACCCUGCGAGAGCUGAGAAACGACCUCAUGAACGGAACUUUCCAAUCCGACAUAAAGCAGUCUGAGAGGGCGGAAACAGAGGAGGCAGAUGAAGGGAAAAGGAAGGAUGUUUCAGAAGAUGAGGAGGAAGCGGAAAAGCAAGAGAGCUCUGUUAAAAAGAAGAGAAAACUGAAAAAUAGGGACGUGUGCGACGAAGAGGAGGAGCAGCCAGGUCCGUCGUCUCGGGUGACUCCGAGGAAAAGGCCUGAGAAAAUACACUUCUCCUCUCCCCUGAAGAAGGGAGAGAAGAACGACAUUUGGACCUGGGACCUCUACAAGUCCCAGCUGCCGGUGACCUGUGGAGAGAAGGAGGGGAUACUCAGCAGAAAAGGACUGGCUGAUGGUGAGCAGAAUAUAAAUAACUGA